AUGCUAAAAAGCAGGGACAUCAGUGUCUCAUUGCUCAAAUUGGACCCGUACCUGAACGUCGACCCCGGCACGAUGUCCCCGUAUCAACAUGGCGAGGUGUUCGUUACCGCAGACGGCGGGGAGACGGACCUGGACCUGGGCCACUAUGAACGAUUCGUCGACGUCAAUCUCACCAAUCUUUCGAACGUCACCGCCGGCCAGAUCUACAGCGAUGUCAUCUACAGAGAACGCCAGGGCGCCUACCUCGGCGGCACCGUGCAGGCCGUCCCCCACCGGAACCCACUCAUACAGAGCGGAUCGUCUGCUGGCAACGAGACCGGGGCCGAGGUCAUCGUUGUAGAGGUCGGCGGCACCGUGGGCGACAUCGAAGGCCAGCCGUUCCUCGAGGCCAUCCGUCAGAUGCGAAACGAGGUCGGCAGGUCAACCACCUGCUACGUCCACGUGACCCUGUUGCCGUACCUGGGAGCGACCGGCGAACUAAAGACCAAACCCACACAGCACAGCGUUCAGACGUUGCGCGGCAUGGGGAUACAGCCCGAUGUCAUCGUCUGCAGGGCCGACUACCCCGUGAGACGCCCCGGUCCGCGACAAAAUAUCCCUUCACUGCGAUGUUCCCGUGGGCAACGUGAUCGGCCUGCCCACCCUCGACAAUGUUUAUGA